AUGAUAUUCGAUCCAUCCAUGCAAGUAACAUUCACGCUCGACUUGCCUAUACUGACAUACAAUGUUAAACUUGACAGAAGUAACCUCGCCAGUUCUUCCGCCUGGAUACCCUUACUGUACGAUACGAUCGUGUUUGGGUUGACGAUUAAUCGCGCCCUUCCUUCCAUUAGACGUAAGCAAGCCGGUGCCGUUUUAAAGAAGAUCGUGGAAGACGGCUUGUUGUAUUAUAGUGUCAUCUUUUGUAUUACUCUGGUGUUGACGAUCAUGAUUAUCGGUGCUUCGGACGGCGUCAAGAAUAUCUUGGCUCAGACGGAACAACUAGUCACUGUUGCCAUGAUGUCUCGAAUAACUAUCAGCCUCAAGAAGCUAGGCCACAAACAAGAAGCUUUAGACUAUGAUGUUCUUCUACCUCCCACAACGAGCUUUUUCUUCGAAAGGAGGAAGAAAUCGAGGAAGAAAGAGGAUAUACCCCUGGCCUUCAUUAAUUCACCAGUCACACCUCCCCCUGUUCAUCGCACCGACUGCGACCAAGUUUGCAGUACGCAAUCAUGGCCACGAGAAUCUGUGCUUUGA